AUGGCAAUAAUCAUUGCCGGCAUCGUCGUCUUCGUUGGUUACAUGGUAAUUCACCCAAGAGUUCCGGUCAUCAGCGUUGUCGGUGCUUAUCUCCCUCAUUUCAACUACGACGAAGCAGGGGUACUUGUAACGCAAGUAAACAUCCUGGUAAGGUCGAAGAAUGACAACAUGAAGGCCCAUGCCAGGUUCUCAAAUUUCAAUCUUGAGCUGUUCUUUGAUGGGAAUAGGAUAGCAGUAUUGUCAACUGCGACUCCAUAUGAGGUGAAGAAGAAUAGUUCAGUUGAUUUUAACUAUGAAUACACCUCGGAUCCAAUACCAUUAAAUCCUGUGCAAAUGAAUCAUGUGGAUGAAUCCCUUAAAAAGGAUGAGGUGAGUUUUGAGUUGAAAGGGGGUGUAAGAACUCAGUGGAGAGUUGGGGUUCUUGGCUCAGUUAAGUUCUUGUGUCACUUGAAUUGUCAACUACAAUUUCACCCAUCAAAUGGAAGCUACAUAACAAGACGUUGCUCCUCCAGGUCUAAGUGA